AGCAGCUGUCAAACGCGCUGGGCGCUCGGCGGCGACGGGGGGCGGCUCGCCCGCGGUCGGUCCCCGCACCGAGCCCCGGCGAAUGGCAUGACUCUGCCUGCCGCCCGCCCCCCGCCCCCCCGGCUGCGGUGUGCCGUAGUGAGGCGAGGGGUGGUUAAACCCCCGUCCUCCCGUACAUACGGUUUUUAUUUUUUGUUCCUUUUCGUCUCGGGGCUUUCACAUCACGGAACAGGAAAGCAUCUGAUGCGCCGGCUCACAUGCCACUUCUGAUCAUACAUUGCCUCCUUGCACAGAGCAGGAUCGUUGGGAAAGAUGGAGAUACAAUAAGUUGCUAGUACUGAAAAGUGCUGCGGAAAUCCAGUGGUUUCCUUUCUCCAGUGAAGUGACAUAUUUUCCUCGGGUUUAAGUUGAAAGCGCUGCUUGGCGGAGACUGACUGUGGCUGAGAGUGGGUUUGUGUUUUUCUUGCACCGUUAGGUUUUGCAAAGAGCAGCGAUGAAGAAGAAACUGGCACCCUCCGAGAUGCAGUUGGUUCUUCUCGUUUUAUUGGUGUGGCUACCAACAAGAUCAGUGCUGGCUGACUCCCUGGAAGACGAAGCUAAGAAUAACAUCACCAUCUUCACAAGAAUUCUAGACAGACUUCUGGAUGGUUAUGAUAAUCGCCUCAGACCUGGAUUAGGAGAUAGUAUUACUGAAGUCUUCACUAACAUCUAUGUGACCAGUUUUGGACCUGUGUCAGAUACUGAUAUGGAGUACACGAUAGAUGUGUUCUUCCGUCAGCGAUGGAAGGAUGAGAGAUUAAAGUUUAAAGGCCCAAUGAACAUUCUUCGACUGAACAACCUAAUGGCCAGCAAAAUCUGGACCCCAGAUACAUUUUUUCACAAUGGGAAGAAGUCAGUGGCUCAUAACAUGACAAUGCCAAACAAGCUUCUACGAAUCCAGGACGAUGGGACACUCUUGUACACCAUGAGGCUUACAGUCCAAGCUGAAUGUCCAAUGCACUUGGAGGACUUCCCUAUGGAUGCUCACUCGUGCCCACUGAAAUUUGGCAGCUAUGCAUACACAACUUCAGAAGUGACAUACAUUUGGACUUAUAAUGCUUCAGAUUCAGUGCAAGUGGCACCAGAUGGGUCAAGACUGAAUCAGUAUGAUCUUUUAGGCCAAACAAUUGGAAAAGAGACAGUUAAGUCAAGUACAGGUGAAUAUACAGUAAUGACGGCUCAUUUUCACUUGAAGAGAAAAAUUGGUUAUUUUGUCAUUCAGACUUACCUCCCCUGUAUCAUGACUGUCAUUCUGUCUCAAGUGUCAUUCUGGCUGAACAGAGAAUCUGUACCUGCCAGGACAGUCUUUGGAGUAACAACUGUGUUGACAAUGACAACACUAAGCAUCAGUGCUCGAAAUUCUCUGCCCAAAGUAGCAUAUGCAACAGCUAUGGAUUGGUUUAUUGCUGUUUGUUAUGCAUUUGUAUUCUCUGCAUUAAUCGAAUUUGCAACUGUAAAUUAUUUCACAAAACGAGGAUGGGCCUGGGAUGGAAAAAGUGUAGUGAAUGAUAAGAAAAAAGAAAAAGCAUCUGUCAUUAAGAAAAACAAUGCCUAUGCAGUGGCUGUUGCCAACUAUGCUCCAAAUAUUACCAAGGACUCAGUGCUACCAACCAUCUCCAAGAGUGCUACAACUGCAGAACCCAACAAGGCAAAACCAGAAGCGAAGCCACAAGAAGCAAAGAAGACAUUCAACAGUGUUAGCAAAAUUGACAGAAUGUCUAGAAUAGUGUUUCCAGUCUUAUUUGGUACUUUUAAUUUAGUGUAUUGGGCUACAUAUUUAAACAGGGAGCCUGUCUUACUUGGCUUCGCACCAUCAACCUAAAAGCUGACUUGCACUGAGGACUUCAAGCAUCAUUCUAAUCAGAUAGGUUGUUCGCUAUGUACAGUCCGACUAAUAACUGCUAAUCUGUGAACCAUUCUGUACAGUGUGUAUAUAAAUGUCUUGUCUGUGUGUCUCCAAAGGAGGGACACAGCGUUAAUUCAUGGGUCUGUAAACAGAUAGCACCCAUGGCAAAUACAGCCAGCUCUUUAAAAGUUAAACCCAGGGGACUUCUGUUAAACUAGGAUUCAAAUAUACAGAAUUAUAUUCUCUCCGUACAAUGAGAUGAAGAUGUGAUCUUACAUAAUUAUUUAGGAGCAGUAUUUUUUUAAUUUAAAGUUAAAAUAUUUUUCUAUAAAGUAACUAAUUCUACUUUAGUGAAAGAAACUGUCAUUUAAAAAAGUGAUUUUUUUAAAAAGGUGUAAUUGUUUCAUACAAUAGCAGUACCCAUGUACAUAACAGAGUACGGAGGUCGUACAGUUCUGCUCUUCACAAACAUUCUGGAUACAAGUUAGAUUGAGGAGGUAGUAAACACUACUGUAUGGCAAAAGCCACAAGUUUCUUACUUCUGUCCUCUUUGAAGUUGUUAAUAAAUACAUCUGAUUGAUUUCAGGGAAAAGGGUAAAUCAAAUUCAAUAUCAACCAACUUCUGCUAGUGAGAUACUUAUUUUUUCACUGUUUUAUUUAUUUUAUAUUAUUAAGCUGGAUUGUCUGGUUCAGCAAAGCUGGAUUUUUUUAAUUAUUAUUUUUGAUUUUGUUCUUAAUUUUGUUCUAAUUUUCAGGUUUAUAGAAUCACUCAGACAUUUUUCAGGUUUAAUUUUAUCAGUAAUAUAAUAUACUUUUUUCUUUGCUUAAUGUUUUCCUAAAGUCUGCCAUUACAAUAUUUACCUGUAUUUGUCCCAGGAAGCACUGUUUUCAAGGGAAACAAGAACCAUGAUUUAAGUUCAGGAAUAUGUCCAUAUAAUAAAAUUUACUGCUGCUUUUGUAAAUUGCAACUUUACAUUUCGCUGACAUAACUUUACAACAACUUUGUAUACUAGAAAUGAUUUUGCUAAGAUUUGAAUGUUAUUUUUUUAAUAAAAGGUCAUGCAUCAUCAGUAGGCAUCAACUGUAUUUCAUAUACACAAAUACAACAAAAUUGGAUCUGCCAUUGGCAAUUUUAUAAGAACAUUUAAUACUAUCAGUAAAAUUGUUUUUCUUCUGAGCCUUUGCAAAGAUUCUUUAUGCCCCUAAAGGCCUGGUAAAUCAUAGCAUAAAUAAUAAUUGUGUACUGUAUUUAGAUUUUAGUAUACUUGGCCAAUGAAAACUAUUUUGAUUCACACAUACAUUAGCAGUUAUUAGUUGACCUUUAAAAAAGAUACACCUUUAUGAUGAUGUCUUCUAGUAGAGACAUAUGUAGUCGUAUAGUGUCAUUUAUUGCAGUUUUGUACAGUAACUUGAGUAUAGUGCAUAAAAUAGAUAUGUUCAGAGUUUAAAAAAAGUUGUACAAAUAUUUCUAAAAUCAAAUAAAAGAGUAUCUUAAGACAUGGAAGUGUGCUAAAAACAACAAAGAGAAACACCGCUUUCUUUUGCUGUUUUAUUUUCUUGCUUUUUCUUUGCUUUGGAUGUGAUUCUGUUUUGUACUUUGUGUGACAGUAUAGAUGCCAAGGUCACAAAUGCAUAUUAUAAAUAGAAUUAAUAGUUAAGACAGAGUUGACAUCAGUAAAAUAAAGACAUUUAGUAGGUUAUAAAAGAAAGGGAGAAGCAUGGACAAGGUGUGUAUCCCUUGAAUUCCCUCUAAUUAAACUGUCAGACUAAACCUUUCUCAUCAACAGUAGCUUAAAAAUGAGCACUUUACUCAGAACAUUGAAAUAAAAAUAUCCUUAUUUUCAUAUAUAUUUAUAUGUAAAUGUAGAUCUUCCAUGUAACAUGGAGAUGUGUGCAAUAGUGUGAUUAUGAACAAAAGGCUAGAAGGCAAGCAAUAAAAAAAGGGUUUUUCAUGGUAUAAGCAUACAUUUUUAAAAUGUUUCAUUUGUAAAUUAAAAAUUUUCCCUUCAACAUCACAUUGUCGAGGUAUGAAUAAAUAUAUAAAUAUGUACAUAUGUACAAAUAAUUGUAAAUAUUAGGACUGUAGAAAAAUCCCUUCACUUUUAGCUCUGUUUUUGGCAAAGGGCUCUGACUGUAUAGUUUAAUGGAGGCCCCUGCUAAAAUGCUCUUGAACUUGAAUAGCUCAAUUAUGUUUUCUGUGGCUGAGGUCUCCUUCCUGUGACCUAGUGAGAGCUCUUACCUUCUGUUCUUAUCAGCAAGAUCUAGGGACUCUCCAAACCUCACCAGACUGGGGUGUGAGAAGCAGAGUUUUGUGCUUCACCCUUGGCUACAUCAUCCCAGGUACUCAAACCCUUCACAGUGUUGAAACUGUUGUGUAUUUCUCCAUGCACGACACUGUAUAGUCAGAAGUCUCCCCAUGCCAAAUGAGUGUGCUCAGUCAUGUUGAAUUACCUGAUAAGGAAGGAUCUUGCAUCCUUAUCCAAGAAUGGGACCUCCUCAAAGGCUUUUAAUGAUAGAGUCAUCUCCAGCAAGACUUCUCUGGAAAAUGCCAUCUGGGUAACUCAGAGCUGCCUGCAAAAAGCCCAUCUUCAGUUUGCACAAGAAGCCCAACGCUGUCUCAUGUUAGUCAGCCCUCCUGCUUCCACUUUCAUUAGGUACAACUAUUUUUUCAUUCACUGACCCUUUUCUCUAACCUUUCUUGAGUCAGUAGAAGAAACAUGUUUAUCACGUGGUAAAGUUACAUUUAUUGCCCAGUUACAUAGAAAAGUAGGCAUACUAUAUAAACUUAGUGAAAAAAAAUCCAAAACAUUUUAAAUGUAUACCUGUAGUUAUUGUGGGCAUCAGCAGGGCUUUUAAAUGGGCACGCUCCAGAAAAUUUAGUAAAUUGGUCAACAUUAAAGCAAUCUCAUUCUAUGGGAAGAAGGAGUAUGCUUUACUGUUUCACUGCUCAAACAUUUACAGUGGCCCAGCUGCGUACACAUAAGUUGUAAAUUUGUAAGACUACCAUCUGGAUAAGUAAAUAUAAAUGUAAAGAUUUAAGUGAAUGGGAGCAUUGUGCAAGGAGUACCAGACUACAAGAGUUAGGCCUUACUUUCCUUUAGAAGGAAUCUGUGUCACUUCAUUUACUAUAGAAUCUGUGUCUGGGAUUUUAAAGCUAAUGUCACAAAUCUAUGUGCCAAAUAUGUAGAGGUUUCCUAUAAUUUGAGUAAAUCAGGUCUUAAAUACUUCAAGUGGGGAGUAUGAGUGAGAAAAUGCAAGUAAUUUCUCUCUCAAGGACUUGCACAUAGAAUCUGACAGUGAAUUUUUUGGUUGACAUAUUAAUCUAAUCUACUUCUAUUAUUCUUGGGUCAGUAUGUCAUAUUUUAUGAUUUAAGAAAUUAAUAAAAUAAAUACAAAGAUAAAACACUGUGGUAAGGUUAGAUUGGAAUUACAGUAAUUCUAAAUGAGGUUUAUGAAGUAGGCUUCCAGUGUAGUACUGGGGCACAUACUUCUGGAUGCAUGUGUCAGUUAAUUUAACAGUAAUUUAUAAAUCAGCAUGAAAAGUAGAGAUCAGCACAGUUUAUCAGCCAGAGUUGUCUGCUGGAGACUUCAUGACAGAAGAGUAGAAAAUUCUCAAUUAUGCUGUGGCAAAUUAAAUUACCUCCACCUGUCUUAUGUGAGCUAAUUCAGCUUGUAACUGCUGCAUUGUUGAGCAUCUUUAAAAAAAUAUUAUGGUAGGGGUUCUGAGAUAUGAGCUUUAGUUUGGCAGACCACUCAUGCCACUGAAGAUUAUUCUAAAUUAAGGAGUCAAUUUGCCCAUAUAGUCACAGAAAAGAGCAUCUAGAGACUGAACAGGAGCCUUACUGAAACACCUUCCCUUCCCAGUGGUUACAGAUAACAUACAGGGUGAUGAGACUUUUCAAAAGAGACCAAAACUGUCUGCAUGAAAUCAACGAGAAGCAGCAGGGAGGAGGUAGGGAUGUAUGGGGGAGGAAAGGAGAAAAGAAAGCACACAAAUGGCUUUGUUACCAUGGCAGUGGAAUGUGAGAUAACUGAGGAGGAAGUCGCUGAGGGAGGUAAUAUGUAUUUUUGUUUCAGCUUCAGUUCUGAGCCUUCACUGCCACAUGUGAGUUGUGGACAGUAACUUCUAGAGCACAUAAAAUGGAAAUACUUGUAUAAUUCUACUGAACUUGAGGGACGUGAGUUGUGCCUUUGAAAGUGAGAGGCCUCUAGUGACUGCUUUGUGAAAACAGACCAUGCAAUACUGUGUGUCUCCUGCUGUUUGGGACAUCUUGGGUGGAAGGAGAAAAGAAGCUUCAGAAAUUAAGUAGAAUUUUGUUAAUUCUACACUUUGUUUUCUUAAAAAGCAUGGCUUUCACUUAAGCAGAGAGUCAGCACUCAUCCUCCAUACCUCUCAUUCUUAUUCUGAAAGCUUAGUAGUGCACAGGUUUUGCCUUGGCCUUCACGUAAGAGAUGAAGUCCAUGGUGCUGAACAUUACCACUCCUAACAAAUUUGCAUGAAAGACUAUUUCAGUGUGGAUAUGAAGCUAUCAUCAUCUAUGCCCGAUUAUGUGCAGACACAUAAUGCUAAAAUUUAUAAAGCCAUGCAAUGAGUUUUAAAGUAGAGGAAGAAAACAUUUUAAAAUAAACCCAGUAAGUUAAAUGGCUUCAUUUAAAAAACACAGUUUAAGAAUUGUAGAAAUGCUUAAACAUACCUAAAUAGACUCUCUGAAUGUAGUAUAAUUUCAUGUCACAUAUAAAGUUUUUAUCUUACACAUAUUUAAAUGCUAAAAUAAUUACGUGAAUUUGUGUAAAAGUCAGAUCACCCUUCAGCCUUGAGUAAAGUUAAUGGUUCUUUAUAAAGCAGUGUUAGGAUUCCUUCCAUCUCAUCCCAGCAUGGGUGAACCUUCUUCUAGAAUGCUCUUAGUCCACAAUAUAAAUUCAAGUUACAUCCUUUUAAUAUCUCUUUUUUUUUUUUUCUCUUCAGUCAAGGAAAUUUCCACCUCAUUUCUGUAGAUGACCCAAACUCCCUAACAAGUAGAACUUUUAAUUAUUUUCUAAAUCAAAUUAUUAAUUUCAGCCAUCUGAGAAUCAGUGAGGGUCUUUAGUAAUAGAAGUUAAAGGAUCAAAACUUUGUUACAAUGCCUGGAAUAUGUUAAUUGCAUAAAAUGUUUUCUCUCUACUUUAAACUACUUAAUUUUCUAGAUUCAAAUUUUCUAGGUGAAUCUUUUAACUGAUGUUUUUGGAAUCUGUGAUUAUAUCUUAUUGGAAGAGGAUAAAUUUUGAGGGCUUGACAUCUCUGGUGGAGAUCAGGGCAAAAUUCGCACUGAAUUUAAAAUAAAUCUAAUUUACAUCCUCAUCCUAUUUAUCUCUAUCAGUGAAGUCAGUAAGGACUUUUCCAGAAGAGAAGUACACCUAACUACACCUGGCCUCUCUUUUGGAUAUGGGUUGUCAGUUCUUUAGUCCAUGAAAAUAAACCCUUAAAAGAAGUGUCAACCAGAGUGGAAUACAGAGCUUUGUCUGAUUUUUUCUUGAUAUUUAUUAAUGCCCUUUAAGAAUAUUGUAAAAAUGCUCUAAGUUAGGAUGAGGUGAUAACACUAACAAAAAGGAAUUUGGAGGAUGCUUUAAAAUAUGCAAGAUAAUGUAUACUCUUCCUCUAGUGUUGGAGUCUACAUAAAUAUAUAUGAUUAUAUUUUUAUUGUUGGAUAAUUUAAAGUUCUAUUUUGCUUUCAAAUUAAUAAUGUGAAUACUUUACUUGAUAAGGUGUUCUGGAGUGUGUCCUUAUGCAUUCAAGGUUUUUAAUGAUUGCAAUGAGUGCUUUCAUUCAUCUGAUAUUAAAAGGGGUGAGCUUCAACAGGUUGAAGUGUUAUAUUUGCUUUCCUAUACUUUAUCCAUCAAACUACGCCAUUGAGGAUGGAUGGAAAUAGCGAAUGGAACAAGAUAUUACUUUGAUCAACUGCUUUUGAUAGUCUUUAUUAGAUGUUCAUUUUGGCUGAAUUUUUCAGUUUAUAGGCUACUGUAGCUUAGCAAUAGCACGGAAUGCAAUGUAGUACUUUACAUCUGUUAGAAUACAUAUGCACCGUAUCUAUAAACUGUUAAAAUAUCAGUUCCUAAACUGCACCCCUUCACCCUCUGCCCUCCAAAUAGUCACUUUAUUAGGAAACAUUUGAAGGCACUUUAAUUUUGAUGGAAGUGAUUACACUAAGUGUUGUUAUACUUGAUUAAAAAAAAUAGUAAAAACAAAGCGGUCUCUGAUUCAUACAUAGUUUGCAAUUUCUCAGCUGGGCUGGAGUCAGAAAACAUUUAUGCAUUGUAUGACACAUCUACUUUAGUGAGUCACUUGGGUGUGAAAAUGUAUAGGACUUGGAAAAUAGGCACUCCCAGUAUAUUAAAAAGAAAAAAGGGAAUGGGAAGAAUGAAACCAAUAAUUUUGAAAUUAAACACCAAUCAAAUAUGCACAAUAAGAAACUGCAUGAUAAAUGUAAGUAUACUUAACCUUGAACAUCAAUGUCAUAUACAAUCUUCUGGGUGACAGUUUACUUAUUUAGUAGGUUUCAUAGUUAUAAAUAAUUAAAGAAGAUUAUAAUAUUCUGUAAUUUGUGACCUUGUUUUAACUGGGAAAAUCGUUACUUUUCUAAAAUGUAAAAGAAAUAACUGGAUUUAUGUUUGAAUGUGUCACUGCUUGCUGUUGAAGAAUAUUUAUUAACCACAUGCAAAAUAUUGCUUAACAUUAUCUUUUUGUACUUCUUAUUAAAGUUAAUUUAAAUAUA